UUUUGUCAACAAAAAUACUAGCAAAAUUGAAAAAAAAAAUUAAUUGAUUAAAUGAUUUUAACCACAUGCAAUAGGAGCAAAACAGCUACAUCUUUUUUCUCUCUUAUGUUUGUGGUCUCUUAUAAGACAUUUUUGUGCAUACGCAGCCUAAAAUCACAAUUUAGGAUGGAAAAUAUGCACAUUGGGAUGCAGGCUCAGAUUUCAAGUGUUACUUUUCUUUUAAUGACCAGUUUCACAGGUGAACAGUAUUUCGUGUAAUUAGUAAUUUGUUCUAAUUAGACUGGUGAAGGCCUAUGAAAUACACUUAUCUGGACCUGUUUGGUAUGCUUGGGUUUGAGUUUUCUGGGGCUGGUUUGAGAACGUGAACACUGGGUUUUCAAACCACUUUUGUCAUUGAUCAAGGGUGGAAAAUGUUACCCUUGCUCGUUGUCUUCCUUUUUUGGAGAGAUGUUGAUGGCUUUACAGGUGGUGCUUCUUCCAGUGCCCAUCAUCAGCCAUCAGACACCUUUUCACCUCGUGCAGUCCAGUCUUCAAUGUCAGAAGAAGUGGGCUCCAGUUUGUUCAUUAAACCCCUGGAAAGCACAGAGUUUAAUCCACUCCAGUUUGUCAAAGGUGGUUUCAGCAGUUCUCAGUCAACAUCCUAUGCCCAAACUUCUCCAAGCAGCUCUGUAUCUGCUUCCUUGCUUCUGCCUGUAAAUGAAUGGCCAUUGACCAGUUUGACAUCCUCUGACCCACAGUAUGCUGCAAGUGGUUCUGGGCCUAUCAUUUCUACCCAGGGAGAAUAUAGCAAUUACCCUGCUAAGCUUGACAUCUAUGGCCAGCUCACUAGUGACGGUUUGCUUGUGUCCAGCCCCCAGGAAACUGACCAGAGCUCCCCCAGUUCUUUUGUGUCUUUAGCAUCUGGCUCUUCCUUAGAGACAUCCAGUCAGCUUCUGCCCUUGGUGGUAUCUAGCCAGUAUAGGAAUGGUCAAAACUCCCCUAGUUUCAGUUAUGAUUUAAAGUCAACAGAUGCUGCUUUACCUAGCUUAGCUCUCAAGCCUCAGGGCCCUCUGAGUUGGUAUUCCCCUGUAUCUCCUACCAAAUAUGUGAGCGUUCCCAUGUCUGCACCCCAAGCUAUGUAUAGCCAGUCCACAGAUAGCGGUUCUUCCUAUAGAGUAGUUUCACAAGUUGGUUCUCCAUCUCAAAUGGGAGUAUCUGGUCAGUUAAUGCCUCAAGGAGGAAACUUUUACAGUAGGUUGCUUCCUCAGUCUCAAGCUACCUCUAGUCAAAAUGUUCUUGGCAACUCCAAGCCUUUUUCCUCACCCCAAAGCACUCUCAGUCAGUACACCAGUGAUUUGAGUUCCCGUAAGCAGUAUACCUCUGUCUCCCAGGGCAGCUCUGGAACUAAAUUUGGGGCCUCUACUGGUACUGGUUUUGCCUCACAGGGCAUGGGCGGCUCUUACAGUGGUUUGGUCCAACCUCAAGGUACAAAACGGUUUGCUCCUGCAUCUCAAUCCUACUUGACAGGUGUGUCCUUGUCCUCACCCCAAGCUGUUACUGGUCCUUCUGUUCAAGAGUCACUAAAACGGUUGACCUCUACCUUCAUGGGCACUUCUGGCACCCAGGCAGGAUCAUCUACUCUGCAGGGAAGCGCUGCAUCUGCUGGCUCACCUCAGCUUCAAGAUACUGCUAGAUGGAUUGCCCCUGGCUCUUCAUACCCAUAUGCAAGCUUAUCCCUGUCCUCACCACAAACUGGUCCAUCUACUAGUGUCCAGGGUUUUCGGAAGCAGUUGACCUUCACAGGCACUUCUGGCACCCAGGCAGGGUCAUCUACUCUGCAGGGAAGCGCUGCAUCUGAUGGCUCACCUCAGCUUCAAGAUACUGCUAGAUGGAUUGCCCCUGGAUCUUCAUACCCAUAUGCAAGCUUAUCCCUGUCCUCACCACAAACUGGUCCAUCUACUAGUGUCCAGGGUUUUCGGAAGCAGUUGACAUCUACCUUCACAGGCACUUCUGGCACCCAGGCAGGAUCAUCUACUCUGCAGGGAAGCGCUGCAUCUGAUGGCUCACCUCAGCUUCAAGAUACUGCAAGUCAACUUACCCCUGGAUCUUCAUACCCAUAUGCAAGCUUAUCCCUGUCCUCACCACAAACUGGUCCAUCUACUAGUGUCCAGGGUUUUCGGAAGCAGUUGACAUCUACCUUCACAGGCACUUCUGGCACCCAGGCAGGAUCAUCUACUCUGCAGGGAAGCACUGCAUCUGAUAGCUCACCUCAGCUUCAAGAUACUGCAAGUCAACUUACCCCUGGGUCUUCAUACCCAUAUGCAAGCUUAUCCCUGUCCUCACCACAAACUGGUCCAUCUACUAGUGUCCAGGGUUUUCGGAAGCAGUUGACAUCUACCUUCACAGGCACUUCUGGCACCCAGGCAGGAUCAUCUACUCUGCAGGGAAGCGCUGCAUCUGAUGGCUCACCUCAGCUUCAAGAUACUGCAAGUCAACUUACCCCUGGAUCUUCAUACCCAUAUGCAAGCUUAUCCCUGUCCUCACCGCAAACUGGUCCAUCUACUAGUGUCCAGGGUUUUCGGAAGCAGUUGACAUCUACCUUCACAGGCACUUCUGGCACCCAGGCAGGAUCAUCUACUCUGCAGGAGAGGCUGCAUCUGCUGGCUCACCUCAGCUUCAAGAUACUGCUAGCUCACCCCUGGCUCAGCUUGCAACCACAAACUGAUACUGCUAGUCAACUUGACCCCCUGGCACUGGUCCAUCUACUAGUGUCAGGGUCUUCAUACCCAUGGGCUGCAAGCUUAUCCUUGUCCUCACCACAAACUGGUCCAUCUACUAGUGUCCAGGGUUUUCGGAAGCAGUUGACAUCUACCUUCACAGGCACUUCUGGCACCCAGGCAGGAUCAUCUACUCUGCAGGGAGCUGCAUCUGAUGGCUCACCUCAGCUUCAAGAUACUGCUAGUCAACUUACCCCUGGCUCUUCAUACCCAUAUGCAAGCUUAUCCCUGUCCUCACCACAAACUGGUCCAUCUACUAGUGUCCAGGGUUUUCGGAAGCAGUUGACAUCUACCUUCACAGCUUCAAGAUACUGCAAGUCAACCCCUGGAUCUUCAUACCCAUAUGCAAGCUUAUCCCUGUCCUCACCACAAACUGGUCCAUCUACUAGUGUCCAGGGUUUUCGGAAGCAGUUGACCUCUACCUUCACAGGCACUUCUGGCACCCAGGCAGGAUCAUCUACUCUGCAGGGAAGCGCUGCAUCUGAUGGCUCACCUCAGCUUCAAGAUACUGCAAGUCAACUUACCCCUGGAUCUUCAUACCCAUAUGCAAGCUUAUCCCUGUCCUCACCACAAACUGGUCCAUCUACUAGUGUCCAGGGUUUUCGGAAGCAGUUGACAUCUACCUUCACAGGCACUUCUGGCACCCAGGCAGGAUCAUCUACUCUGCAGGGAGGCACUGCUUCUGCUGGCUCACCUCAGCUUCAAGAUACUGCAAGUCAACUUACCCCUGGAUCUUCAUACCCAUAUGCAAGCUUAUCCCUGUCCUCACCACAAACUGGUCCAUCUACUAGUGUCCAGGGUUUUCGGAAGCAGUUGACAUCUACCUUCACAGGCACUUCUGGCACCCAGGCAGGAUCAUCUACUCUGCAGGGAGGCACUGCUUCUGCUGGCUCACCUCAGCUUCAAGAUACUGCAAGUCAACUUACCCCUGGAUCUUCAUACCCAUAUGCAAGCUUAUCCCUGUCCUCACCACAAACUGGCCCAUCUACUAGUGUCCAGGGUUUUCGGAAGCAGUUGACAUCUACCUUCACAGGCACUUCUGGCACCCAGGCAGGAUCAUCUACUCUGCAGGGAAGCGCUGCAUCUGAUGGCUCACCUCAGCUUCAAGAUACUGCAAGUCAACUUACCCUGGCUCUUCAUACCCCCAUAUGCAAGCUUAUCCCUGUCCUCACCACAAACUGGUCCAUCUACUAG